AUGGCUCUCCAGAAAUACUCGUUGCAAGUGAAGUAUAUAGCUGGGAAAGAACUGCUGCUAGCAGACGCACUUUCACGUUUUCCCGCUAAGGAAACACUGGAAGAAGAGGAAAAGUUCCAAGUAAACGCGCUAGAGCACAUAUCAGUUACUCAAGACCGCCUUCAAGAAAUCCGAGAGGCAACCGCAAGUGACGCACAACUGCAACUGCUGCGUCAGUAUGCGCGGACUGCAUGGCCGGAAGAGAAAGACCAAGUGCCGCAACGUGGAAGGCCUUUUUGGUCAUACCGGGAGGAAAUCCAUGAAGAAGAUGGACUUGUACUCCAAUCCAACAAGCUAGUCACACCUACAGCUAUUAGGCAAAAGAUCAACAACCUGCUGCACGCAGCAAACGCAGGCAAGGAGAAGAUGAAAAGAAGAGCUCGAGAUAUCCUGUUUUGGCCAGGAAUCAACGCUGACAUCGAGGGCAAGUACGACAACUGCAGCAUAUGUCAAAAGUACAAGCCAAGAAAUGUCAAGAUGCCACUCUUGAGUCAUGCGGUGCCAGCACUGCCUUGGCAGUAUGUUAGUGUGGAUUUCUUUACUCAUCAAGGACGGGAUUUCAUUAUCAUGGUGGACUUCUACAUAUUUUACUUCGAGGUCGAAGAAAUGAAAACCACCACAGCUUCCAAAGUUAAAGAGUUAUGCUUGAAGGCCUUCGCAACACACGAACUCCCUUCAAAACUUUUAAGUGAUAAUGGCCCGCCGUUUGGGAGCCACGACUUCAAACAGUUCCUGAAAAACUUGAAGAUCGACCCAGCCAGCCAUUUCGGGGUUUUCCACCUCAGCAAUGAGGCUACUCGCAAUCAUGAAGCCUUCUUCAAAGUGACGCCAUGCUGGUUUUCCUUCAUCGAGAACCAGGAGGUGAUCUGUGCGGGACUUCCAUAUUGCGUGGAGUCCAAGCAGUGCCAAUACCUCCAAACAUUUGCUGUCAGGGCCUGUGCCAAACUCAAGGAGCUUCGCGCUGCGCCAAUCCAUGUACAAUUCAACCUGUAA